AUGGCCACUGCUGCAGAGGCCGACUUGGCCCGUAUGGGCUACAAGUCUGAAUUGCCCAGAAGUCUAAGUAUGAUGAGUGUGCUGGGAUUAUCAUUUGCGAUUAUGGCUGUACCCUUUGGUCUGAGUACAACGUUCUACAUCACACUUGCAGAUGGUCAGAGCGUGACCAUCCUCUGGGGAUGGGUCUUAGUUUCCUUGAUAUCCUUGUCAAUUGCAGCUUCCUUGGCCGAGAUCUGUGCUGUGUUCCCUACCGCUGGUGGUGUGUACUACUGGGCAGCCAUGCUGAGUACCAAGAAAUACUCUCGCUUGAGUUCUUGGAUUACCGGUUGGUUGACCUUGGUCGGUAAUUGGACAGUCACGACCAGUAUCAACUUCUCUGGAGCCCAAUUGAUUCUGAGCGCCAUUAGUCUUUGGAAUGAAGACUUUGUGCCUACAGCAUGGCAGACAGUGCUCAUGUUCUGGUGUGUGAUGCUCAUCUGCAUGCUCGUCAACAUUUUCGGCUCUAAGUACCUUGACCUGAUCAACAAGAUCUGUAUAUACUGGACCGGAGCUUCCGUCAUCAUUAUCAUGGUCGUUCUGCUUGCCAUGUCUGACAACUAUAGAAGUGGAGAAUUCGUCUUCGCCCACUACGACGCGAGUGGUAGUGGUUGGCCAAGCGGUUGGGCAUUUUUCGUUGGUCUGCUGCAGGCUUCGUACACACUCACUGGUUAUGGCAUGGUUGCAGCAAUGUGCGAGGAGGUCCAGAAUCCUGCUCGCGAGGUCCCCAAGGCAAUUGUCUUGUCCGUCGCCGCUGCAGGUGUCACCGGUGUUCUGUACCUCAUUCCAAUCCUUUUCGUGCUGCCAGAUAUUCAGAUGCUCCUGGACGUUGCCAAUGGUCAGCCGAUUGGUCUCCUCUUCAAGACUGUCACAGGCUCUGCAGCUGGUGGUUUCGGACUGCUCUUCCUCCUUCUCGGUAUCCUCUUCUUCGCUGGUACGGGUGCUCUGACAGCUGCGAGCCGCUGCACAUACGCCUUUGCUCGUGAUGGCGCGAUUCCUGGAUCUCGUAUCUGGUCCCGAGUAGACAAACGUUUCGACAUCCCCCUGUGGGCUUUGGUGCUCUCGACUAUUGUUGACUGCUUGCUGGGCUUGAUCUACUUCGGUAGCACGGCAGCUUUCAAUUCAUUCACCGGAGUUGCUACGAUCUGUCUCUCGACAUCAUACGGUUUGCCCAUCCUGGUCAGCGUGCUCCGCGGCCGCAAGAUGGUUAAGCACUCUUCUUUCUCCCUUGGUCGUUUCGGAAUGGCGAUCAACGUACUUACGCUGUGCUGGAUUGCCUUGGCUGUAAUUCUUUUCUGCAUGCCAGUCACACUUCCUGUGGAUCCUACUUCGAUGAACUACGCCAGUGUUGUCUUUGCAGGGUUUGCUGCCAUCAGUGUAGUGUGGUACUUCAUCCGCGGGCGCAAAGCAUUCACAGGACCACCAGUACCCGCCGAUGUGGAUGUCAGUAGUGACAUCGGUGUCGUUAGCGGCCAGGCUAUUGAAUCAGACUUGGAGAAGUCCACAAGUGCUGUGCACAGGAAGAUGGCUGACGAGCCACCAAAGAUGAUGUGA